AUGCUGGAGAAGACCAUAAAUAUCAUAGUUGACCAAUAUGUCCACAUCAAUUUGAUGAGAGCAAAAGGUCUUUCGUUCUUGAGAGCCGCCAGAAAAGACAACGAUGGGAAGAUUCUCUACCAAGAAUAUAGGGUUAAAUACUACAAACCCAAGUUGGCAGAUGAACAUCAUAAAAGUCAGAAAUCAUAUAAAAAGGACAAUUCAAAUCAUAUCUGCUUGACUUUAUACACUCUUCUAUCAAUUCACUUCAACUCAAAUUAUCAUACAAUGGAUCCCGGAUACUCUCUUCUCCAGCACAUCAAGACCAUUCCCAACCUCAUCAAUGAAGACCCUAGUAUGGUGACUCCCGAGAACACUUCUUUCAAGGACGUGCCCUGGUGUGACCUUGCCUACCUUUCAAACCAGAGAUCUUUCCUCAACAAGAGUGCCUUCCCAAGUGCUAGCUCAAGUGAUUCCUCUGUUCUGGAUGAACCAAGCGAGAACUAAACCCGUCCAAUCCAUUCAGAAACCAAGCCUCGAGCAUAACAGCAUUAUCUUUACCUUUUUUUUUUAAAAAAAAAAGUUAUCAACAUUUCAAACAUACACAUUUCUAUAUCAAAGAUCUCAAUUCUUUUAUUCAGCAUUCAUACCAACUUUUUCUUUAUUAUUUUCUCCUGUCAUUUCAAUUCAAUAAACAUAUAUAAAAAAUACAUAUUUUGCACUAU